GAACCAUCGCUCGGUUAGCUGACGGCGGCAAGCAGAAGAGGAGAGAGCGAACAAUGGAUCACUCCACCUCUCUGCUCCGGCUCAUCUUCCUCGCCCUCGGCGCCGCGCUCGUCGUCCUCGUGGUGCGCUCCUCGUUCCACCUCCCCGACGGCAUCGACGCGACGACGGCGGCGGCGUCGUCCCUGUUCGAUGGCGCCAGCUGCACCAGGUUCUCGCCGUGGGCGUGCCGGCAGCAGGGGCGGCGUCCGUCGUCGCGCGAGUCCGACGUCCCGCGUCACCCGCUCGACCCGCUCACGGUGAGCGAGGUCAACCGCGCCCGCGAGCUCCUCCGCGCGCACCCGCCGUUCGCGUCGGCGCCGUCGUCGCUGUUCGUGCACUCGCUCGAGCUCGACGAGCCGGAGAAGGCCGUCGUCAAGGGGUGGCGGAAGGGCGCCGACCCGCUCCCGCCCCGCCGCGCCGUGGCCGUCGUGCGGUUCCGCCGCGAGUCGCACGUCCUCGCGGUCGAUCUCAGCGGCGGCGGCGGCGCGGUGACUCCUCUGCCUAUCCCUGCCUCCGGCUACCCGAUGAUGAACAUGGACGAGCAGACCAGCCUCUGCUUCGUGCCGUUCAAGGACGCGGCGUUCAACGCCAGCCUUCGCCGCCGCGGCGUCCGGCCCUCCGACGUCGCCUGCCUGCCCAUCUCCCUCGGCUGGUACGGCCCGGCGGAGGAGAACCGCCGGCUCAUCAAGAGCCAGUGCUUCUCCACCGAGGGCACCGCCAACUUCUACAUGCGCCCCAUCGAGGGCCUCACCGUGCUGGUCGACAUGGACACCGCGGAGGUCCUCCACGUCUCCGACCGCGGCGCCGGCAUCCCCAUCCCCGCCGCCGCGAACACCGACUACCGGCACGGGCACUCCUCGCCCCCGACGUCGGCCGAGGCGCAGGGGUGGCUCGGGUUCCAGAAAGUCCGGGCGCCGUCGAUGGAGCCGCCGGCCGGGUCGCCGGGGUUCGAGCUCGUCGACGGGCACACUGUGCGGUGGGGCGGGUGGGAGUUCCACCUCAAGCCCGACGCGCGCGCCGGCAUGGUGGUGUCGCGGGCGCGGGUGCAGGACCCGGCCACCGGCGAGCACCGCGAGGUGAUCUACAAGGGCAUGGCGUCGGAGCUGUUCGUGCCGUACAUGGACCCGACGGAGGCGUGGUACUUCAAGACGUACAUGGACGCCGGCGAGUACGGCUUCGGGCUGCAGGCCAUGCCGCUCGUCCCGCUCAACGACUGCCCGCGCCACGCCCGCUUCCUCGACGCCGUCCUUGUCGCCGCCGACGGCCGCCCCUACGUGCGCGACAACAUGAUCUGCGUCUUCGAGCGCUACGCCGGUGACAUCGCCUGGCGACACUCCGAGAGCCCCAUCACCGGCAUGGACAUAAGGGAGUCGCGGCCGAAGGUGACGCUGGUGGCGCGCAUGGCGGCGUCGGUGGCCAACUACGACUACAUCGUCGACUGGGAGUUCCAGAUGGACGGCCUCCUCCGCAUCAAGGUAGGGCUGAGCGGGAUCCUCAUGGUGAAGGGAACCCAGUACUCCCACAUGAACCAGGUGAAUCAAAACGAGGACAUGUACGGCACCCUCCUCUCCGAGAAUGUCAUCGGCGUCAUCCACGACCACUUCGUCACGUUCCGGCUCGACAUGGACGUCGACGGCGCCGACAACUCCUUCGUCAAGGUGGAGAUGGCGCGGCAAGACACCGCUGCCGGCGAGUCGCCGCGGAGGAGCUACCUGAAGGCUACCCGGCGGGUUGCAAAGACGGAGAGAGAUGCCCAGGUCCGCCUCAAGCUGUACGAGCCAUCCGAGUUCCAUGUGGUGAAUCCCACCAAGAAGACACGGGUUGGGAACCCUGUUGGCUACAAGGUUGUCCCAGCCGGCACAGCAGCUAGCUUGUUGGAUCCGGAGGACCCACCUCAGAAGAGGGGUGCAUUCACAAAUAAUCAGAUUUGGGUGACACCAUACAACAAAACAGAGGAAUGGGCAGGUGGUCUGUUUGUCUACCAGAGCAAAGGGGAGGACACACUGGCUACCUGGUCUGAAAGGGACCGUCCGAUCGAGAACACCGACCUGGUGCUGUGGUACACGCUAGGGUUCCACCACGUCCCGUGCCAGGAGGACUUCCCCAUCAUGCCCACCGUGUCAUCCAGCUUCGACCUCAAGCCGGUGAACUUCUUCGAGAGCAACCCCAUCCUUAGGCAGCGCCCGACCCGCGAGAACGACUUGCCGGUCUGCGCCGCCGCCACCGGCACCACCGCUGCCUGAGACGACGACCGUGCAUGAUCAUGAUGCUUCAGUCGAUCGAUCAACCCAAUAUAUGCUGUUCAUAGUGAAAAGGAUGUUUCGGUACAUCUACGACUGAAUUUGGAGCGAGCUAGCCAUGGCUGGCUGGCUUUGUGUGUAGCUAUGCAUGUAUGACCAGAUGUAUCUUCUCUAUUGAAGACUUGGAAGUAGCUAUUGGCUUCAAGGGUUCAACCAAGUUUCUGUUGAAACUGCAAUCGCAUGAAUUCCAUUCUCCAGUUGACUUUAUUAUUAGCAAAUUCAA